ACCGUGUUUAAUGCAUGCGUUUCCUGAGGAAAACAAACCAAUCUCAUUUGCAUUUGUGGUUGUAAGUGAGCUGUCAGAGAGCCUAAUUAUGGUACGGAAAACGGGCACAGAUUUUCACAGACAGGUUUUUGGCUUGAUCACAGAUUUUUGAAAAAAGGACCUGGCAUAACUGAUUGUUUGGAAGGACUGUAUUUUGGGUAUUUUCGACGCGUUCUGUUAAUCGUUGUGUUUCGAGUGCUCCAAAGAAUAUUCACAACAAUCAACAUGCCAACGACCAUAGAAGAUUUACCGGAAGAAAUGCUGGUGGAAAUUUUCUCAUAUUUGGAAUUUGAAGACUGCCUUGCCGCAACAACUGUUUGCCGGCUCUGGUCCGGAUUGGCUCUACGUUGGAAGAAGCUACGAGUGGAUCUGGAAUACAAUGUGAAAGACAAAAGCUUUCGCACUCUGUUAGCUAGUUCGAGACCAUAUCGACACUUUUCCUUUGAUUGUAGCUGCCCUUAUGUAGAUUGGGAUGAGCCGGCUCAAAUUUUGGCUAAAUUUUCGUCAACGAUUGAAAUUUUGGAGAUUUCUACCUAUUAUUCAAGCAAGGAAUUUCACGAAUUUCUAGCAAAAAUGACGACUUUGUGUACAAAUCUGAAGCGUCUUGCAAUUGAGUGGAACGAAUCAGAGCUAUCUGGACUCGAAAUUAGUUUUCAACCACUGAAUGAUUUGAGCGAUUUGUAUUUGAGUCUCCGCGCGGAAAAUUUAUUAGAAAUUGACUUCCGGAAAGUGACACCGAACAUCACAAACUUGUGCUUAGGAAUCGGUCCUAAUUUCGAGUUAUCUCAACAAAUUCUGCAGCAUUUUAGCCCUCGAUUGGAAGAGUUGAAGGUUUGGUUUUAUGAUGAGGAUCUAUUUAACAUUGUUUGUGAAAUGAAUUUUCCACUGUUGAAAAAGUUGAAUUUUUUGCUCUCAAUUUCCGGUCAAGAUCAUGAUUGGUCGCUCAAUUUGUUCACGAAGUUUUUCCGGCGAUGUGCCAAUUUGGAAGAGGUUACCCUUCUAAUAAGGGUCAACAAGCACUUGCUAGAAAGCUUAGCACAGUUUUGUUGUAAUCUGCAGAGCCUUCGCUUUAAUAUAAUGAAGCUGCCCGAAGACUGUUUCCGAUGCCUUAGCGAAAUGCGUUGUUUGAAGGUACCUAAUGACGAUAUUUUUUUUUGAAGGACUGCUAAUUGUGUUCGUUCUUUUCUUCUAGUGCCUUAUAAUCGAGUAUGCAACGAUCCAUACUCCCGAUUCAAAACAUUCCAUUCGUCCAUUUAGUAAGCUACAAAUGCUUACGCUCUUUCGUUCUAAUGUCGCAGAUCCAACGAAAUUUAAUACUUUUUUAUCCACUUUAUGUCCCGCACUCAUCACACUCGAGCUUUUGCAUAUACAAAUCAAUACGCGGACCCUAGCAAGUCACAAAGUAAUUUGCUUCAAUCUACCAAUCAAACGAUUGAUCAUACAGGAGGUUGGACCCAAAAUAAAAUUGCUUUUUGUUUCGAUACUAAACUUGAUUUCAUUUAGGAACAUAUAAAAGCGAGUUUGGUAUCUCAUUUCGCCUCUCUUCCGCAAUUGCGGGAGAUGAGGUUGGAUUUCUUGGGCUUUAAGAAUGAUACCCGUCAUUACGGCACUAGUCUCGAUUCUAUUCGGAUUUUUAAACUCAACGCUAACGUAAGUAGAAUCUAGUUCAUUCACAAUCUAUUUUCAGUUUAUAAUUUCAAUUCAGCUCAAAUAUUUCGAACCAAGCAACCUGUUGAGCAUGUUGCAACUUUUUCCCAAUUUGAGUCAGCUUCAUCUUAGAGGUACCCGUUCGGAGGAAACAAUUCAAGCGGUAAGAAGAAUACUACCGCAUUGUGCAAUUAUUUUCAAGAAGGAAUUGCGCAUCGUAGAGAGCAACGAUUAUCUUCUGGCCUGGUGAAAUGGAUCAUAAAAUUUGGACAUGUUGAACGUGAAAAAUGAAUUACCUGAAGCUUGUUCCGGUCAGAGAGAAAAACAUUUACUCAUCGAAAACUAUUUUUAACAUUUCCUUUGGUUGAAUUUGAUCGAAUUAACGACAAUAAAAUGAUUGAUUUUUCAGAAUCGUACUUGAUAGGCAUAUUGUCGCAAAGCUGAAAUGUAGAGGCGCUGCUUGUUUAGAGAUGAUACUUUCAGCAAGAGCUGUCAAAUCGUUAGGAAAAUUUCUAAUUACUCUACCUUUUCAACGAUUUCUUAUGAA